AUGAUGACAGUGAUGCCGUCUCCGAAAGGACCGAACUUCCAGACCGUCUUCCACAGGAGUGUCACCGCUCCGUUGGGCACGCCCUCCGGACAGCCCGCCGUUGCAAAGGCGUUUAGGCGGCAGACCACGAUGCCAGUGGCCUCAUCUGCAGCAGGCACCGUGGCAGCUGCGCUGCCGACCAUGGCCAAGGAAGCACCAGCUGCUCCCGCGAGGCGGGUGAUCAUGCCCGACUCGAGUCCCAAAGCCAAAAGCAAUCCAGAUAUGCAGCGAGUCUCCAAGGCUGCCUCCCCGCCCAUUCGUUCGUGGGCAAGCAUGUCCGAAGGAGAUUUCGCUGAUCUCAACCGCCCGCGGCCUCCAAGUCUGACAGCCGUGGACACCACCCCGAAGCAAGUGCCAGAGCAAGACCCAGGCUCGCGGAGCGAGUCGGACGAUGAGCUACCACAGGCGCUUCCCGGAAGGCAGCUGUCCAGGAGGUUCUCGUGGAGCGAAUAUCCGACAACUCCGCUCUUCCUGGAAGCGGCUGCUGACAAGCCAAAGGCAACCGGCACUGAGCCGCGCAUCGGCAUCGACAUUGGCGGCGUCCUGACUCGAGAAGGAGACUCAACUUACAUGGGCUCGCUGGAUGAGUGGGACGCCAGCUGGGAGGCUGAUGGAGCUUUGGAUUCUGUCCGCAAGAUCGUCCAGGUCUUUGGGCCCACGAACACCUUCCUGGUUAGCAAGGUCCGCCCUGGAGGGUCUAUGCACCAAAGGAUGGAGCAGUGGCUGCACGAGACAAUGGAUUUCUGCAAGGUGACUGGCCUUCCCAAGGAGAACAUUGUUUUCGUUCGAACUGUUGACGGGCCCACGGGCAAGGGCGUAGUUUGCGAAAAGCUUGGCAUCUCGCACUUUGUGGAUGACAAGAUCGAGGUGCUCAAGUCGAUCUUCGAGGAUGAGGCUGGCAAUAGUCGGCACCUGGUUGAGCGCUAUCAGGGCCUGCUCUUCCACUUCGCGAAGGGCGGCUACUCGCAGGCCAUGAUGGCAGCACAGCAGCUGCCAAGAUAUGAGCAGCUGUCGAAAUUGGGGGUGCCUGCUUCCUUGGGGGAGCGCAUGCUGCUGCAGGCGCCCAAGCCUCAAGUCGAGGCAGAGCUGCCGGCGGCCCUUCGAGCGGAAGAGAGGAUUGAGUAUGACAAGGCGCGCUACGAUUUCCGGGCCAAGUUGACCAGCCUCCUGGGCUGGGCUGGGCCCCACAUCGGAUUUGGAAGCUUCAGGGAAGGCGACACCGAGCUCGAGAUGUUCCAAGCGAAGGAGGAAGUCUUCAGCUCCUUCAAGUAUGAGAAGCGUUGGAGGCAUCUUGGGUGCACAUGUUUAGGGAGGAACUGCAGCCUGCAGUUUCACCGGCUGAGGCAAUGCAUCCUUGGCAGUUCCGACUUCUUGGCCUGUUAUGAGCUUCUGCUGAAAGAGGUCAUUUGCCCCAUCCUAAAGUCCAAAUUGCCGGAGGACGGCGCAAGCUCCUUCUACUGCCAGUUCCCGCCCACUGUGCGUUUGCAGCCCGGUCCCAGCGAGCGGCCCCGGCGUUUGCAUCGCGACGCCGAGUUUGGGCAUCAGGACGGAGAGGUGAACUUCUGGAUGCCGUUGACCGACUACAGCAGUACGAAGACCACUCUGUGGGUGGAGUCCCAGCCGAACGCCGAGGAUUUCCAUCCCUUGGAGCUGGAGGUGGGGCAGGUGGCCAUGUUCCACGGCACCUUGGUGCGACACUACGCGCCUUGCAACCCCACCGAACAUUUGCGCGUCUCCAUGGACUUCCGGGUGGGCGUCGGCAGAUACUUCGACCCCUCCUGGCGCCUGGAGGGGCUGCAGCACUAUCACGGCCGCCGCGUCCUCGUCCUCUGA